AUGCUGCUGCUCUUCUUGGCAGGCUGUGAGGGGCUUUGGGACAACAUGAGCUGCUGGCCCUCCUCUGCGCUGGGACAGACUGUGGAAAUGGAGUGCCCACGAUUUCUCCAGAUGCUCACAGGCCGAAAUGGUUCCAUGUUUCGAAACUGCACACAGGGCGGCUGGUCGGAAACCUUCCCCAGGCCUGACCUGGCCUGUGGGGUUAACGUGAAUGACUCGUCCAACGAGAAGCGGCACGAGUACCUGCUGAAGCUGAAGGUCAUGUACACCGUGGGCUAUAGCUCCUCCCUGGUGAUGCUCCUGGUCGCCCUCAGCAUCCUCUGUGCUUUCCGGAGGCUCCACUGCACGCGCAACUACAUCCACAUGCACCUGUUUGUGUCGUUCAUCCUGCGCGCCCUCUCCAACUUCAUCAAGGAUGCCGUGCUCUUCUCCUCGGACGAUGUCACCCACUGCGAUGCCCACAGGGUGGGCUGUAAGCUGGUCAUGGUCUUCUUCCAGUACUGCAUCAUGGCCAACUACGCCUGGCUGCUGGUGGAAGGCCUCUACCUUCACACACUCCUCAUCAUCUCCUUCUUCUCAGAGAGGAAGUGCCUCCAGGGAUUUGUUGCCCUCGGCUGGGGUUCCCCAGCCAUUUUUGUUGCUUCGUGGGCUGUCGCCAGGCACUUUCUGGAAGAUGUUGGGUGCUGGGACAUCAACGCCAAUGCGUCCAUCUGGUGGGUUAUCCGAGGGCCUGUGAUCCUCUCCAUCCUGAUUAAUUUCAUCCUUUUUAUUAACAUCCUAAGAAUCCUGAUGAGAAAACUUAGAACCCAAGAAACAAGAGGAAACGAAAUGAACCAAUAUAAGCGUCUGGCCAAGUCCACCCUCCUGCUGAUCCCCCUCUUCGGAAUCCACUACAUCAUCUUCGCCUUCUCUCCAGAGGACGCCAUGGAGAUCCAGCUGUUCUUUGAAUUGGCCCUUGGCUCAUUCCAGGGCCUGGUGGUAGCCAUCCUCUACUGCUUCCUCAACGGGGAGGUGCAGCUGGAGGUUCAGAAGAAGUGGCAGCAGUGGCACCUCCGUGAAUUCCCACUGCGCCCUGUGGCCAACUCCUCCUUCAUCAAUGGCACCAGUGGCCUCACCCAUGGCACCAAGACCAGCACCCUGGAGCCGAGUCGGAGCACCUGCAAGGCCAGCGUCAUCUGAGAGGCUGGAGCAGGGCCACCCUCAGACAGAGGCCAAGAUGAGUCCUGAGAGGGCUGGACACUGUUGCAGGACAGUCUGUCUUCCCAGCAGACAUCAUAU